AUGAGCAAAGGAAAGGUCUGCCUCGCCUACUCUGGCGGUCUGGAUACCAGCUGCAUCUUGAAGUACCUUUUGGAAGAGGGCUAUGAGGUGAUUGCUUUCAUGGCCGAUGUUGGCCAGGAGGAGGACUUCGCGGCUGCAAAGGAAAAGGCAUUGAAGAUUGGUGCAACCAAGUGCUACAUUGAGGAUUUGCGUCGGGAGUUCGUCGAGGAGCUCUGUUUCCCAGCCAUUGCCUGCAAUGCCAUCUACGAGAACGUCUACCUCCUCGGCACCUCCCUCGCCCGUCCAGUCAUCGCCCGCGCACAAGUAGCGGUCGCUCAAAAGGAGGGCUGCUUCGCCGUCUCUCACGGCUGCACCGGCAAGGGCAACGAUCAAGUUCGAUUCGAGCUCGGUUUUUACGCACUCCAGCCUUCCAUCAAGGUGAUCGCACCAUGGCGAGACCCAGUCUUCUACAACAAGUUCAAGGGCCGACAAGAUCUGUUGGACUACGCUGCCGAAAAGGGCAUUCCAGUCACAUCUACCAAGAGCAAGCCGUGGAGUAUGGACGAGAACUUGGCACACUGCAGCUACGAGGCUGGCAUUCUGGAGGAUCCCAACACUAGCCCACCAGAGGAUAUGUGGAAGCUUACCGCUGAUCCUACCAAGGCCCCAAAUACCCCAGAAGACUUCACAUUGACCUUCAGCAAGGGUCUGCCAGUCAAGCUUGAGCACGAGGGGGGCAAGAAGGUCGUCACCGACCCAGUCGAGCUUUUCCUUGCUGCUAACGCCAUUGCUCGCAAGCACGGUGUUGGUCGUAUCGACAUCGUCGAGAACCGCUUCAUUGGUCUCAAGUCCCGAGGCUGCUACGAGACCCCGGGUUUCACCAUGCUGCGCGCUGCACACAUCGAUCUUGAAGGUCUUGUGCUCGACCGUGAGGUGCGGGCUCUUCGGGAUCAAUUUGUCACUUUCAACUACGCCAAGAUCUUGUACAACGGUCUCUACUUCUCGCCUGAGCGGGAGUUCCUGGAGGAGAGCAUCACUGCAUCCCAGAAGAACGUCAACGGCAGCGUUCGAUGCCGAGCGUACAAGGGUAGCUUCAGCGUGCUCGGACGAUGGUCCGACACUGAGAAGCUUUAUGACGCCAGUGAGAGCUCCAUGGACGAGAUUGGUGACUUCGAGCCAAGCGACACUACUGGCUUCAUCUCUGUCAACGCCAUUCGACUGAAAAAAUUCGGCAAGGCCAAGGAAGAGGCCGGCCAGAGCAUGGUCCACAAGAAGUAGGCCAAGUCAUUGCCGAUUGCAGUGAGCUUACAUUGUCUUCUUAGCAAGGUGUCUGGAGUCCAUGAAAGACCGUAGACUACUAGACCUGUAAUUGUAGUGAUACCAAAGAG